GGGGCCAGAGAGAGAGAGAGUGACACACGGCGGGAAACUGAGAAUUCAUCGAGGAGCACCUCCCUCCAAAAUCAAAAUCCCCUUUUUUUAAACCCUAAUUCUCCGCAGUUGAAACAUCCCCCUGCAAUUUCGUGAUUUUCAAGAGACGUACAGAGAAGAGCUUGCUGUCUCUUCUCUGAAGACCCCUAAUACAUGGCGUUUACACCACAAGACUCGAAUCGCCAGAAAUUGGGGUAUGGACGAGGAGGGGUUGUGUUGUUGAUGGAAGAACAGGAUGAAACCAAUAAUAUUGACGGACACACCACCAAAGACACUCCACUUCGGUAUGUGUCUUUGGACCGCGUUUACUCGAACUUUCCCACCGUCAGGGCCAGCGGUGGUUCUACUAAGGAGGUCGAGGCUAGGAAGGUUGCCCCUGCCAAGUCUCCUGUUCGCUUUGUCUACUCCCGCCGCAGCCGUCGUGGUGGCCCUGCUGAGAGGCCUUCCUUGUUUGAAUCGCUGCUUGCUCGACACUGCGAGUCAGUACCGAAAGCUAAAACUGUGGAGAUCGAGACUGCAGAUUGCGAUGAGGUCACAAAUUCAAAGAAAAAGAGGAAAAUUGGGAACGGUGAGCUGUUGAAAUUGGGGGUUGAUAUGAGUGUUCUAUGUGGGCUUGAUGGCCCCAGGUUAAGGGAUUGCCGAAAUCAUAGUGUUAAUAGUAAUGUUAAGGUUGGGAAUCAAAAACGAAAGAAGCGUGAUGCUAAUAAGGGUUUGCCUAGUUCUGCUACUUCUAAGAGAUGGGUGAGGUUGAGUUAUGAUGAUGUGAAUCCAAAAUCCUUUAUUGGGUUGCAAUGCAAGGUUUUCUGGCCAUUUGACGUUGAGUGGUAUUCUGGUAAUGUUAGUGCAUACAACCCUGAAACUAACCACCACCAGGUUGAAUACGAAGAUGGAGAUGCAGAAGAUUUGAUUCUUUCAAAUGAGAAAGUGAAGUUUCAUAUCUCACCUGAGGAGAUGGAACAUUUGAAUUUAACUUCUAAUGUUAAAAGCUUGGACUGUGAGGAAUAUGAUUAUAAUGAAAUGGUUGCUUUGGCCGCCACUUUGGAUGACUGCCAAGAGCUUGAGGCUGGGGAUAUAGUAUGGGCAAAACUCACUGGUCAUGCCAUGUGGCCAGCAAUUGUUGUGGAUGAAUUGCUCGUUGGUGGUCGUAAAGGCUUAAAGAAUAUUCCAGGGGGAAAAUCAGUUCCAGUGCAGUUUUUUGGUACCCAUGAUUUUGCAAGAAUUAAACCAAAACAGGUCAUAUCUUUUCUCAAAGGACUUCUUUCUUCUUUCCACCUGAAGUGCAAGAAACCUGGUUUUGCUCAGAGCUUAGAAGAAGCAAAAGUGUAUCUUAGUGAACAAAAGCUUCCCAGAAGAAUGCUGCAACUUGCAAAUGGGGUUGAUGCUAAUAGAUCUGAGAAUGCAAUUAGCAAAGAUGAGAAUAGCGAUACUGACGACGAUUGUGUGAGACUUCAAGGGGUUGACAGAACAUCAACACUGUUUACUUCUCCAUAUAUAAUGGGGGAUUUGCAAAUAAUAAGUCUUGGCAAGAUUGUCAAGGAUUCGAAAUAUUUCCAGGAUGAUAAAUUCAUCUGGCCUGAAGGAUAUACUGCUUUGAGGAAGUUCACUUCAAUAUCAGACCCAAGUGUUUGUACCUUAUACAAGAUGGAGGUGUUGAGACAUGCUGACUCAAAAGUUAGGCCUUUAUUUAGAGUGACACUGGACAAAGGAGAAGAGUUCAAAGGAUCCACUCCGAGUUCUUGCUGGAAUAAGAUAUACAAAAGAAUAAGGAAAGUCCAAAACAGUACUGAUGGUUUGAGUGCUGAAGGUGGAGUGAAAAAAAAGUAUGCCUCUGGUUCAUUCAUGUUCGGUUUCUCUAAUCCCAAAGUAAAGAAACUGAUAGAGGGGUUGUUAAAAUCCAGACCCUCUUCAAAAUUAUCUAUGUGCAAGUCAACAUCUGGAAGAUAUAGGGUGCUGCCUGCUGGUUAUAGGCCUGUUCGUGUUCAAUGGAAAGACCUUGACAAAUGCAGUGUCUGUCACAUGGAUGAGGAGUACGAAAGCAAUUUGUUCCUGCAGUGUGAUAAGUGCAGAAUAAUGGUCCAUGCUAAAUGCUAUGGGGAGUUAGAGCCCGUUGACGAUGUUUUAUGGUUAUGCAACUUAUGCCGCCCUGGUGCUCCUGAUUCCCUUCCUCCCUGCUGCCUCUGCCCCGUUAUAGGAGGUGCUAUGAAGCCUACAACGGAUGGACGCUGGGCUCAUUUGGCUUGUGCCAUGUGGAUACCUGAAACGUGUCUUUUGGAUGUUAAAAAAAUGGAACCCGUCGACGGUAUUAGUAGAAUCCACAAGGAUCGUUGGAAGCUAUUAUGUAGCAUAUGUGGUGUAUCUUAUGGAGCGUGCAUCCAAUGUUCAAACAGUACUUGUCGAGUAGCGUAUCAUCCACUUUGUGCACGUGCUGCUGGUCUUUGCGUAGAGCUUGAGGAUGAAGACAGACUCAAUGUCCUUUCCAUAGACGAGGAUGAUGACAACCAGUGCAUUCGUUUGUAUUCUUUCUGCAAGAAGCACAGGCAACCAUCCAAUGGUCGUCUACUUAUUGAUGAACGGUUUCGGGGAGUUUCUGUCCGAUGCUCAGACUACUUACCACCAGUUAAUCCGUCUGGCUGUGCUCGUGGUGAGCCUUACAAUCAAAAAGGAAGAAGAGGUAGAAAAGAACCUGAAGCCCUUGCUGCUGCCUCCUUGAAACGCUUGUUCGUAGAGAAUCAACCGUAUUUGGUUGGGGGUCACUCUCAGCGAGGAUCAACGGACAGCACAGUGCCUUCAAAUGGAGCUGCCAGCUCUAACUUCUCGUCUGGCCUUUACAGGCUAAUGGGACCUCAGCUUGAUGCUCCUAAGAACAUUUUAUCCAUGGUUGAGAAGUAUAACUACAUGAGGGAGACCUUCAGAAAGAGAUUGGCAUUUGGGAAAUCAGGAAUUCAUGGGUUUGGCAUCUUUACCAAGCACCCACACAGGGCUGGAGACAUGGUAAUCGAAUACAUUGGUGAAGUUGUUAGACCUUCUAUUGCUGACAGGAGGGAACACUUCAUAUACAAUUCAUUGGUGGGUGCAGGCACCUACAUGUUUCGAAUUGAUAACGAACGAGUCAUUGACGCCACAAGGGCAGGAAGCAUUGCGCAUCUGAUCAACCACUCGUGUGAACCAAAUUGCUAUUCGCGAGUUAUAACUGUUAAUGGGGAUGAGCACAUCAUCAUAUUUGCCAAGAGAGACAUAAAAUGUGGGGAAGAACUCACCUAUGACUACAGAUUUUUCUCUAUUGAUGAACAAUUAGCAUGUUAUUGUGGCUUCCCAAGAUGUCGGGGGGUAGUUAAUGAUGUUGAAGCAAAGGAGCGAGAGACAAAGAUUUAUGCUCCUCGCAGAGAAUUGAUUUACUUGAGAGGGGAAUGAUAAGGGUGUCAGGAGGCAGUGGGUGACAGCUCGGCGAUUUCAACUUUGAAAUGCUUUUACUUUCUGGUUGAGUGGACAAAGAGAAGAGAUUCAUAUGAUGUGGGAUAAUUUACAUCAAAGAAGUUCUGGGCUUUAAGCAAUACCUCAGUGCAGUGAAAACUGUAGGCAUUUCAAAACUUGAAGAAAUGGUGAUAUUUGGUCCAUGUAAAAUAUUGGGUAUAGGCUAGUGCUAGUCAAUAUAUUGAGAACAUCCUAUGACGAGGAUAUUCUUUUUUGCUAUUCAUAUUGGGAGAACAUUAGACGACAUAUUGUUAAGGUGUUAUCUUAGUUAUAUUUGGAUUUUUGUGGAUACUUUGAAUGCUAUUCACCACCUUGAUUCGUAAAAUGGUGAGAGGAAAUAUUAUAAAGGGUUAUUUUUUC